AGUAUUUGCAUCAAUCUUGUAAACCAAAUCCAGAGAUUAGCCAUCGACGAAUCGUCAGAAACAAAGACUUGUACUGGACGUUACCCAUCUCCGAGUUAUUUCGCUCAAAUCAAUUUGGAUUUCCACGACUACGACUUUAGUCCGUCAUAUCUGUUCUCGCUCAUCGAUUAUCACCUCCUUUCUCCUCAUACAUCUGAUCUUAUCACCCAGAAGAUGGCCUAUUGUGCGAUUCAACACAUAGGAAAACCUUAUCGCAUGUUCGUUGACGUGGUUACUACCGAAAACGUGUUCGUCACGGGAACGUGUUCUCAUCAAAAAGAGGAGGAGGAAGAAGACGAAGAAAAAGAGUCGACCUGUGCCAUAUGCUUAGAGGACAUGUUGAAUGAUGAAAAGAUGAAACUGGUGUUUCCUUGUUCGCAUCGGUUUCAUCUUAGAUGUAUCGCCGAGUGGUUACAGACCAGUAACUCUUGCCCUCUCUGCCGUCAAAUUUUAAUCUAGUAGAGUGAUUUUGUUUUUCGUUUCUAUUUUUUCAUGUCUUGUUAUAACUGAAACUACUUUUGUUUUUAUUUUACCAAGAAACUACUGUCAGAAAAGCAACGAACGUCCUUAUUUGAAGAAGUGUCCUGCUUCCGGUUCAGAUCAGCUUCAUCGUUCUUGAAGUCCUUAUUUAGUCUCCAGUAUGCUUCUAGCCUCUUUUUCACUUCUUUGUUUUCUUAAGUUUGGGUUGUAUCAUCGUGUGUUUCCGGGUUGUAUCAUUAGUCCUUUGCCGGCUCUGAGUAAGAACUGUUGCAAACCUAUCUUUAAUCUAAUAGAUGAUAAAAAAAAAAAAAAGCAACGAAAGUAUUCAGAUUCGGUAAAGCUUCUUUUUCUUAAGUAACUAAAACACAAUGAAAAAAGUUCCUUUUUAAAAAAAAAAAUAGACGCAACGAAAAACUAGCCAAUAUAUAUGAAAACAAAUAAUCAAUAGCAUUUUUUCAAAAAGAUAUUUAAGUUGGUUUAUUUAUAUAAAAUUUACUCCCUUACUUGGUGUUUAAGAAUUUUUAUUUUGUUCACAAUAAGUGAAGUUCUCACUAUUCUAGUUAAUUUUAAUGUCAUUUGAAAUUUGUGACUAACUAUAAAAUACUAUACUUUUUUUAUUAGUUGAACUAAUUUUGUUUAAUGUUAUUUUUAUGUAACCAAGAUAAAUGACAUAAACAUUGUAUUUUUUUAAUCUUUUUUCAAAAAUAUUAAAAACUAUUUAAAUGAUAUAUAGGGAGUAUUAGUUUCAAUAAAUGUUCAAAAAUUCGCUAGGCAAUACCUACCGAAUAAACUGAUUAUUCUGAACCUAGACGAAGGGUAAGCCUAAACAUAAAUCAAAUUAUUAAUUUAUAUAUAUUCACAUUUAUAUAAAAUAUUUAGUUUUUGGUUUUAAUUAUCUGAAUUAGGUAUACAAAAAGAAAAUUGUGAAUUUAUACUUACAUUAUUUGUUUAGUUUUUUUUUUACACUGAAUCAUUGUAAUAUAGGUUCAUGACCAAUAAAUGCAGAAAUGCUGCAAACAAAAAAACUAGUACAAAAUAGAAAACAAUAACUAUUAGAAGCUUAGCUAUAUUGAUUACCAGUAAGUACUAAGAUAAAUUGUGACCAGCCUCAAUCCAUCUUGAUUCGGAAGAUAAUCAUUGAGGUAAAAUGCAGCUGAAUUGAGAAUCACCCAUGGUAUAAACCUUGUAACUUUUACAAUUCAAAGCUGAAAGACAAGCUUAACUCUUUAUAUUGCUCCAAAUAAUUAAAGAACCACCAAGAUCAAAAGCUUGGAAAUCAAGAAGGGAAUCAAUUCAAUCUUGCAACUUCCCAUAAGUUAAGGAACAUGUGCUGAAACUCCAAAUUAUUAGACUGGAGCCAAAAAAACUCAGCAAAGAGCUUGAGUGUCAAAAAUAAUGUAACAGAACAGCAACAUAAUGGGUGAAAAGGUGAGGAUGAAUCUCUUGCUUAAUCCUUAUCCAAGAUUUAAACAUAAUCUUGAAAAAACCACAACUGCAAUCCACACAGCCUAACACACCAGUUCGAACACGCAUAAGAUCAUAUCACACACGAAGACAACGCCUAAAGACAUUAUUUGUUUAAUUUAACAGAUUUAAAUUAAUUUAGAUAAGUUGAAACCCUUUUAUAAAUAGGUAAAUUUGCGAAAUAGCUAAGUUUGAGAAGAUAAUUAAGUGCAUAUCACUGAUUUUGACAUAACUAGGCAACUAACAAUUGUGUCUUUUUUAAUCCAGUUUUAACCUUUUCUCGUAUAAGUAAAAGUGAAAGGGAAGAAGGUGAGAUGACAUAGAUAAAGAAAAAUAUGGCUAGUAUUAUAGCAAAUAAUAUAUGGUCAGGAGUGGAGAAAAAAGAGACAUCCACGUUACAUAUUUAUUGAUCACAUAUGUAUGUACUAGAUAUUAUAAUCCAUAUCACACGAAGUAGUAUAGAAGGACUAAAACCACAUCUACAAUCCUUAAUUAAUACUAAACACAAUCCCAACUCCUAAAUAUUGUAUCAUAAAUCCUAAUCCAAAUAUAAACUAUAAUUAGGUGAUUGAAUGACCAUAAAAUUAAUAGAUAAAAUAUAAGAUUUUUCAAUAAAGAAUGCAUUCCAUAUUAAUCCAAUACACAACUUUUAAAUACUAAACCCAAACCAAACUUUAAAAUAUUAAACCCAAAUAUAAACCUUAAUUAUCAACCCUAAACAUAAUUAUCAAAAUAUGAAAAUAGUAUAAUAUUAAACUAAAUUCAUACCUAACUUUUAAAUACUAUAGGGCUCUAACCCAACACACAACUUCUAAAUCCUAAUUACAGACCUAACUUUUGAAUAUUAAACCCUAAACUGCUAUCAAUAAACCCAAACCUCAACUUCUAUUUUUUAAAUAAUAAACUCUAAAUCUUAAUUACUAAACUUUAAACCCAAAUAUAGACCCUAAGAUCCAAAUAGAAUGGAACAAAAUACAUAGUAGAGUACAUAUUGGUGAACAAAAUAGAUACUCUUUAUUAGUCGUCAAAUGGAACGAUAAUGUGAUAUUACAUGUAUACGUACACCAAUUAACCUAAUGUGCACACUACCACAAUCAAAUGGUAUGUCGAUGUAGCACUUUAUGAUCGAAUCCACAGAGACCAACGAUUACACUUUAUCUUUAUUGGAUCAAUACUUAGCUAAAACAAUGAUGGGGUUUGAGAUUAAGGUUUGAUAAUAAGCAAGUAAUAAAUUUGUUUAAGGUUUUCAGAUGAUUAAGAGAGCUAAGUUCAGGGUGAUUCAUCGGGAUACUUAGGAUCAUGAGCUACACAACUAUUCAGGAAGGCAAUAAGAGCCAAUCUAAACUUGAACAACAAUAAUAGAUAAACCCACUGUCGUGGUGUCUACCAAUUUAUCAAGCAAUCCUAAUGCCUAAAAUGUCAUUUGGAUUAGAGAAUGAUGACAAGCAUUAAGUUUGGAUUGAAUUGGUUCACGAUUUGCCUUAACAUCAGCUUUCAUUAGCUAAGGACAAAUCGUCUAUCUAUGAUUUUUCUAGCAAUCUAAAACACUUUUGAUGAUUAGAUUAAACCUAUGAUCAAAUGAUAAAUGACCAAUUUAAGACAAGCAUUAAUAUUUGCAAUAGACAGAGAUAUCAAGGAAUAGUAAUCCUAUUUGUGUCUAGCUCAUUGAUCCAUGAUCCCUAACACCCUAAACCUAACAAGCGACUACUCAGCCAUGAACAGAGAAAUCACAAAGACAAUAGAUGAAGAAACCAUGUUGAAUCAAUAAAUAAAUAAGAUAGGGUUCAUGAUACUUCUUAAGGUGAGAGAGAUGAAGCCUUCACCCUUUCAAGGUAGCAAAUCUUCAAGUACAAAAGUCUCCAAUGGUUUCUUGUGUAAAAUCUAGCGUAGAAUGAUAAUAAAAAAUAAGAAAAGAUAUAUAUGCAGGUCUAUGGCGGCCUAGGAGUAAAAGGGGGAAGUCCUAAGUAAAAUCCCGAAAUAUUUGGAAACUUCUUUAAAAAUCUUUGCCGCUGGAACAUGCACUCGGGGUGCUCCGCUCGACUGUUCUGUGUGAAAAUCACCAAAUUGCACUGUUUUCUGCCUCUUUUGUUCUAGCUGGUCCAUCCCCCAUCCAAUGCAACUCCAGACCUGUAAUGACUCGAAAAGGACUAGGAAGACUCGAUAAAGACUUGAAAACCAAUUGAAAAGCAUAUAUACAAGAUGUCUAAAACACCAUAUAUCAUAAUGAUAGGGUCACUAAACUCAAACCUCAACUCUACCUUCCAAAUACUAAACCCAAAAUCUUAAUCAAGCCCAAGUAUAAACCCUAAACCCAAAUAUAAUAGAACAAAACACCAUAUUUCUCAAAUGUUGAUAUGGUUAUACCUUCAUGGAAGGUGGUAAUGUUUGCUUCAAUGUUAAUCCCAAUCGUACAUAAAUUAAAUCUAAUCAACUAAUCAUUAAACUCAAUCAACUAAUCACUAAUCAAUAAAUAGAAUAAUAUAAACUGGUGAAAUUAUGAAAUGUUUAUGAUUGCAUGUAAUAAGUUAAUGUUGACCUUAACUACUAAAUACUAAACUCUAAAUCAUAAUUACUAAACCCUAGUCAAGGAAGUAUAAACCCAAAUAGAAUGUAUAUAAUAUAAUUUACUAUACCCAAACCUUUACUUAAUAAAUCUAAACCCUAGGCAUGAACCUAUAAACUCAAAUACAAUCUAUAAAUUGUUUUCCAAUAUUAAACAUUUGAAAACACAUUUACUUGGUUAGCAUGUUGCAUAUCUUAUAUUCCAUAUAGUCUAAGUAGUAUAGUAAACGAAUGUUCCAAAUAAUCAAAUUUGUCCAACACUCGAAAAAUGAAUUUCAUAUUACAAUCAAUCACACAAAAUGACAAAGAAGAGACCUAUCAAAUUUAAAAACAUGACAUAUUAUUAUAUUUUUUAAGGAGUAGUAUAGAAAGAUGUCUCAAAUAGUAUAGUAACCAUACAUAGGUAGCUAUACUUAAGAAUAUAUAUUAUACUAUUCAUUUCGCCGAAUAUAGUAUAGACGUCGAGUUCAUCUUCUUCAAUUCUUUUUUUUUUAGACAGGCUGAUACACAUUCAUUUCGUUCACCAUCAUUAUUCUUCACCACUAUGUAGAGAUCGUCUUCAUCUCCUCUCUUUUUCCCAACACGACGAUGCUUUUACUGACUCGCCGUCGUUGUUCUUCACUACGGGAUCUGUAAAACAAAAACAAAAAUAGAGUGUGGAAAUAAAAGCAUGAUUGUGAGAAGCAAUUAAUUUAAGAAAAAAAAAGGGAAAAAUGAAAGAGUUAUUGUGUGUGCUCACCGUCUACGCUUUCAUCGUUGUCUGUUUUUCACCACUGGAUCUGUAAAACAAAAACAGAAACAAAGUAUGAAAACAAAAGCACGAUUGUGAGAAUCAAUUGAUUUAA